UUUUUUUAAUCUCAGCUUCCCAAAUUUUGGGCUGCUAUGACUAUGAUGGAUGAUUCAUCAUCCUCCUCUCUCUAACGCAGAAAUUGAGAAACCCAUCUCGCACAAGCUUUUCUCUUCUUCCUCUCCCCCCAUAUCUCUCUCUCUCUCUCUCUCUCGAUUCCUUCUUCUUCCUUCUGUGCCAGCCUCACACAGAUCCGCGAUCCAUUUUUCCCUUUUUCCAGCCAGCAGGUUUAUAAAGUGCAGUUAGCGCAUUCCCUAUAUAAAAAAGAACUGCUUCACUAUUGGAUAUGAAGAAAGCAUUUGGUCAAACUGUCAGAGACCUCAAGAGAGGUGUCAACAAGAAAGUGCUUAAAGUACCUGGAAUUGAACAGAAGGUUCUAGAUGCUACCAGCAAUGAGUCUUGGGGUCCGCAUGGAUCACUUCUUGCGGACAUUGCGCAUGCUUCGAGAAAUUACCAUGAAUACCAGCUGACCAUGGGAGUGUUAUGGAAACGUCUUAGUGACACUGGAAAAAAUUGGCGGCAUGUCUAUAAGGCAUUGACGGUCUUGGAGUACUUGGUAGGCCAUGGAUCGGAACGUAUCAUAGAAGAGAUUAAAGAACGUGCAUAUCAAAUUUCGAUAUUAUCCAGUUUUCAGUAUAUUGAUUCCAGCGGUAAAGAUCAAGGUAGCAAUGUCAGGAAGAAGGCGCAGAGCCUUGUGGCGUUGGUAAAUGACAAAGAAAGAAUAGCGGAGGUCAGAGAGAAGGCUGCUGCCAACAGAGAAAAGUAUCAUAACUCAACAGUAGGUGGGAUGCAUAUGCCUUCAGGAGGAUAUGGAGACAAAUAUGAUUACGAAGGCCGAUAUGGAGACAGAGAUGAAGAACGAAGUAGUUAUGGGAGAGAGAGAGAAUAUGGUUACAGGGAUGAUGAUAAAAAUAGUCGUGAUGUAGAUCGUUAUUCUAAAGACUCUGAAGACCGAGAUGGAAGAGAUAGUAACAGGGAUGAUGAAUACCAUGGAUCAAGAGGUAGGAGCUCAGACAGGGAACGACCAAUUGAGGAUGAUGGCCAAUCGUCAUCAAGGGACAGUGGUGCACGAGCUGAUGAUCAUUCUCAAGAUGGGAGAGGGGGGAUGGAGAGGAAGUUUUCUGAACAAAAUAUUGGUGCUGCCCCACCUAGUUAUGAAGAAGCUGUCAGUGAAUCACGGAGCCCUGUAUACAGUGAAAGGGAUGGUGGAGAGACACCACAAGUUGCUCCUCCUGCAGCUGCAGCUUCGCCUUCUGCUGAAAACAGCAGCGUGGACAACAAAACUGCUGGUUUUGUUAACGGAUCAUCUCCUCAGCAUGUUGAGUCUUUUGAUGAAUUUGAUCCACGAGGUUCAGUUUCAGCAGCAUCUGUACCUGCAGCUGGUGCUUCGGCUUCUGCACCUAGCCCAUCAACAGUGGUUUCUACCUCUGCCAUGCCUGCCCCAAAUAAUUCUGAAAUGGAUUUGCUUGGCUCUCUUUCAGAUGUAUUUUCACCGAACCCCUUGGCUAUUGUAACAUCUGAUUCCACUUCUGUUGAAAACAAUGGACAACCAAACACUGGUCCAGCUCCAUCGUUUUCUACUUCUCAGUCAUCACCUCAGUCUUUUGAUGAUCCAUUUGGUGAAUCUCCUUUCAAAGCCAUCACUUCUGCUGACAUUGACCCAAGCCAACAUCAGAAUUUUGGAGCGCCUUUCCAGCCAACACCACCAACUUCAAAUCCUGACAAUGGGCAUAGUUUUGGUUUUGGGGAAGCAUUUACAGCUGUACCAAAUCAUGAACCUGGCGUUCAAAAUAUGCAAGCUCCACCGAACUCAUCUGUCUUACCUCAAGAGCAGUUCGAUACAUCGGAGAGCGAUAUUCUUGCUGGCAUUCUCCCGCCAUCUGGACCGCCAGUUUCUCUGUCUCCUCAACCAAAUUCAACAGUGCCAGCAUCUCAGUUUCCUCCCAACAGUAACUCCUAUGAAAGUUAUCAUCAUCAGGCGGCACUUACAGAUCCAAACAUGCCAGGACAAACUCCGUUUGGUCAAGCUUCACAACACUAUAACAUGGUUUCCCAUUCGCAAAAUCAUCCUGAAGGUAUGCAAUUCAACAAUGGAGGCUUCACGCAACAUCCAGGCUAUGCAGGUUCAGCAAAUUCUCAACCUCCACAGUAUACUCCUGGUUUAUCUCCACACCCAACAAGUGAGAGUUUUCCUCACCAACCAGGUUCUGCCACCUCAUCAAGCUCGCAAGCUCCUUACGCUACUACAUCCAAUGCACCAGCUGGUCAGUUUGAUGGUGGAAACUUUAUGACACAGCAACCUUAUGAUGUGACACAGAAAGUUAAUGGUGCCCCUUCUCAUGUACCACAUCGAACUCAAUCUGGACCUGUUGCGGCAUACGGGAAUAACAACAAUGUUGUUGGAGAUAUGCACCAACCUGGUUCUGCCCCCUCAUCAAGCGCGCAAACUCCUUACGCUACUACAUCCAAUGCACCAGCUGGUCAGUUUGAUGGUGGAAACUUUAUGACACAGCAACCUUAUGAUGUGACACAGAAAGUUAAUGGUGCCCCUUCUCAUGUACCACAUCGAACUCAAUCUGGACCUGUUGCGGCAUACGGGAAUAACAACAAUGUUGUUGGAGAUAUGCACCAACCUGGUUCUGCCCCCUCAUCAAGCGCGCAAACUCCUUACCCUACUACACCCAAUGCACCAGCUGGUCAGUUUGAUGGUGGAAACUUUAUGACACAGCAACCUUAUGAUGUGACACAGCAAGUUCAUGGUGCCCCUUCUCAUGUACCACAUCGAACUCAAUCUGGACCUGUUGCGGCGUACUGGAAUAAUAACAAUGUCGUUGGAGAUAUGCACCAACCUGGUUCUGCCCCCUCAUCAAGCUCGCAAACCCCUUACCCUAUUACACCAAAUGCACCAGCUGGUCAGUUUGAUGGUGGAAACUUCAUGACACAACAAGCUCAUGGUGUCCCUUCCCAUAUACCACAACGAACUCAAUCUGGACCUGUUGCGGCGCACGGGAAUAGUAACAAUGUCGUUGGAGAUAUGUUUGCACCAGCUGGACUAAGUUCCUUGGAGACUUCAGCAUCUCAACCAUCUCUCACACCUUUAACAGGAGCAAUUGAGAUUGUUGUUCCUCAAAGUCAGAAAAAGUUUGAGCCAAAAUCAACCAUCUGGGCUGACACAUUAAGCAGAGGGCUGGUUAACUUCAACAUUUCUGGACCCAAAACAAAUCCAUUGGCAGAUAUAGGAGUUGACUUUGAGGCGAUCAACAGGAAAGAGAAACGACUAGAGAAACCAACUACUGCACAACAGCAAGUAACAUCAACUAUCAACAUGGGUAAAGCCAUGGGAUCUGGUACUGGCUUAGGCCGUGCAGGUGCAGGUGCUAUGAGACCUCCGACGAAUUCAAUGGUAGGCUCAAGCAUGCCGACGGGCAUGAAUGCUGGUGGCUACGGAGGUAUGAACCAAAACCAUCCAAUGGGAAUACAGCAAAACCACCCAAUGGGCAUGAACCAACACUACCCCAUGGGCAUGAACCAAAACUACCCCAUGGGCAUGAAUCAAAACCAUUCCAUGGGAAUGAACCACAACCAGCCAAUGGGAAACCAAAACUAUCCCAUGGGAAUGGGGAUGAACAUGGGCGGAUACGGUCAAGGCUAUCCGAUGCAACCACAACAAGGAAUGGGCAUGGCUCCUCCUGGUCCACCACAAGGCAUGACCGGUGCCUACAAUCCGAUGAUGGGUCAAGGCGGUUACAACCCUCAGCAGCAGCAACCUUAUGGUGGAGGAGGUUACCACCG